AUGUCUGUCCCAUCACCAGACAGUUCGAAUCCUUCCUUCUCGAUGUCCGCGUACAUGGUUCCCUCCAGGCAGAACUCAUACUCCGAGUCCGACGACGAGAUCGCCUCCCUUCCUUCUGAGUCUACAACUGAUUCCGACCUGGACACAUUAUCCGAAUACUCCUCUGAUGCUGAGGCAGAAUGGCGGGAGAGCAUUCAACAGCUGGAGCUCCUGCUCAGUAUGGUCCUGGUUCCCUUCAUCGGGAAACUCUUAGGACGACGAUGCGCGUAUUGGAGUUGGACGCGAUUCAUGCAGUGGAAGUACCCGGUCGAGGUGGUGAUACGGAACCCGGCCGCAUUCAAGGCAGCGGGUGUCAUUGAGGCAGCAGCAACUCUAUGA